AUGAACUACGACGAGAUCUGGACCAAGUAUUUUGACUCAAAGGAGGACGUCUUGCUACUUAAUGGCAAUCUAUUUCGGGUCUAUCAUGCAGGUUUUCAAGGUCCUCAUGUGAUAUUAUUACAUGGUGGAGGGUAUACAUCCAUGACUUGGUGUCUUGUGACGAUGAUACUGAAGGAAUCGUGCAGGGUUCAUGCAUUUGAUUUACGAGGUCAUGGUCAAACACGUACAAGUGACGAUACGAAUUUAUCCAUGGAUACUCUUGUUCAAGAUACAUUACAUGUUAUUGAACAUGUCCUUCCUCCUAUGGCUAUGAAGAUGGAUGGAGAGACAGAGUUACAGAAUCCACAGACUAUUCUUGUGGGUCAUAGUUUGGGUGGUGCGCUUGGAGUUCGUGUUGCGGCAACGGGUGAAGUGAAAUCGCUUGUGGGUGUAAUGGUCAUUGAUGUGGUGGAAGGUACAGCUAUGGCAUCGCUGAAGCAUAUGGGCGAUAUUCUCAAUAAGCGUCCAUCUCAUUUUCGCUCGUACGAGGAUGCUAUCCACUGGGCGCUGCACAGUGGCACCGUUCAUAAUCCGGAAGCUGUCAAGAUAUCGUUGCCGUCCCAGCUGAAGCAGCUUGAAGACGACUCGGUAGUGUGGAAGACAGAUCUUGCUAGCAGUGCACAAUACUGGAAUGGGUGGUUCAUGGGUCUCUCAAAGCAGUUUCUAUCGCUGAAAGAAGCCAAGGUAUUGGUGUUGGCAGGAUCGGACCGUCUGGACACGGAACUCAUGCGUGGCCAAAUGAUGGGUAAAUUCGAGAUGAGACUGAUGUACUCAUCAGGACAUGCAAUACAGGAAGAUUGUCCGCACGAGGUGGCAAAUGCCAUUAAUGAUUUUUGUGGCCGCUGCGCGCGCGUUAUAAGCGGAGAUAUCUUUGGCUCUAAUCGAGCACAUGUACAGCCUGCCAAAGACUCAGUCUUGUCGGAACGACUCGCAAAAGCGCGCGCGAUGAUACCAAAGGAGGCUGUUCAUCCACCCCAAUAA